CGCGGGAUCUCUCGAGAAGACAGCCGGGGUCAGGUUCCAUCAUGGCGGCUGAAGAGGCGGAUGUGGAUAUCGAAGGGGACGUGGUGCCAGCGGCGGCACAGUCUGGAAGUGAUGAAAAUACAGCAUCUGUUUUACAAGACCACUAUCUUGACUCAUCGUGGAGAACUGAGAAUGGUCUUAUUCCUUGGACUCUGGAUAGCACCAUCAGUGAAGAGAACAGAGCUGUCAUUGAGAAAAUGUUGUUGGAAGAAGAGUAUUAUUUAUCCAAAAAGUCACUUCCAGGAAAAUUCUGGCUUGAUCAAAAGGAAGAUGAUAAAAAAUACAUGAAGAGUCUGCAGAAACCAGCAAAAAUCAUGGUACACUCUCCUACAAAACCAGCCAGUUACUCAGUAAAGUGGACGAUAGAAGAAAAAGAGCUGUUUGAACAAGGGCUGGCUAAAUUUGGCCGAAGGUGGACCAAAAUUGCAAAGCUAGUUGGAAGUCGCAGUGUUUUACAAGUGAAGAGUUAUGCCAGACAGUACUUUAAAAAUAAGGUAAAAUCAGAUGGUCCAGAGAAGGAAACAGCAAAUCAGAAAAACAGCAGUGGUUUUCAGAUGAAAAAUGAAGCUGAAGGCACAAAGGCAUGGACACCAUCAGGUUUAAGGGGUCGUGCUGAUCCCAACUGGAAUGCUGUAAAAAUUGAAAAGUUAUCUGAUGAUGAAGAAGUAGACAUCACAGAUGAGGCAGAUGAGUUGACUUCUCAAGCUCCCCAAAAGAAUCUUAGCAGUGAUCUCUUAUUAGAUAUCUCUAAAAAUAAAAGUCAUGAAACCAGUAAAGGAGAAUUCAUUGCUUCUGACAGCCAGGAAGAUCCCAUUUCUAAAUCUUCCAAGGAGUAUCUUCAGAAUAUAAAGCAAGGUGAGAAGGAAACACUUUCAAGCUUAGGAAAUACAUUUUGGACUGAAAAUCACAUCACCAGUGACCAAAAAUCAGUUGAAUUAUAUGAUCAGAAAUGGAAUAAACUGAUGAAAAACUGUAAUAAGCAUGAUGGAAAUGGAAUAAUAGAUGAUGCCAGGCAGUUACCUUCUCCAGAGCCUUGUGAAGUUCAGAAAGACUUGAGUGAUAAUGAAUUGCUUUUUCAUUCUUCCUGCCAAAUGGAGGAGGAGAGCCAUGAGGAAGAAGAGCUUAAGCCACCAGAACAAGAAAUAGAAAUUGAUAGAAAUAUCAUUCAAGAGGAAGAAAAACAAGCAAUUCCUGAGUUUUUUGAGGGACGCCAAGCUAAAACUCCAGAACGCUAUUUGAAAAUUCGGAAUUAUAUUUUGGACCAGUGGGAGAUAUGCAAACCGAAAUACUUAAAUAAGACCUCAGUACGUCCUGGCCUGAAGAACUGUGGGGAUGUUAAUUGUAUUGGACGGAUUCAUACAUACCUCGAGUUGAUAGGAGCAAUCAAUUUUGGAUGUGAACAGGCUGUAUAUAACAGGCCACAACCAGUUGAUAAAGUACGAAUCAGAGACAGAAAAGACACAGUAGAAGCGUACCAACUUGCCCAGCGUCUGCAAUCUAUGCGCACAAGGAGACGUAGGGUCCGAGACCCGUGGGGAAAUUGGUGUGAUGCAAAAGACUUAGAAGGACAAACGUUUGAGCAUCUCUCUGCUGAGGAGUUGGCAAGAAGAAGAGAAGAGGAAAAAUGCAAACCUGGUAAAUCUUCAAAAGUGCCAAGGCCAACAAAAAGCUCAUUCGAUCCCUUCCAACUGAUACCUUGUAAUUUUUUCAGUGAAGAAAAGCAGGAGCCAUUUCAGGUGAAAGUGGCUUCAGAAGCACUUUUAAUAAUGGAUUUGCAUGCUCAUGUUUCUAUGGCAGAAGUGAUUGGUCUGUUAGGAGGAAGAUACUCAGAAGUUGAUAAGAUAGUUGAGGUCUGUGCAGCAGAACCGUGUAACAGUCUGAGUACAGGACUACAGUGUGAGAUGGAUCCCGUCUCACAAACACAAGCCUCGGAAACCUUGGCUGUCAGGGGCUAUAGUGUUAUUGGAUGGUAUCAUUCUCAUCCUGCCUUUGAUCCUAAUCCUUCCUUACGAGAUAUUGACACUCAAGCCAAAUACCAGAGUUACUUCUCCAGAGGCGGUGCAAAGUUCAUUGGAAUGAUUGUUAGUCCUUAUAAUAGAAAUAAUCCUUUACCUUAUUCUCAGAUUACCUGCCUGGUUAUAAGUGAUGAAAUUAGCCCAGAUGGCUCUUAUCGUUUACCUUAUAAAUUUGAAGUACAACAGAUGUUAGAAGAACCUCGGUGGGGAUUAGUGCUUGAAAAGACAAAAUGGAUAAUAGAAAAAUACAGGCUAUCCCGGAGCAGUGUCCCCAUGGAUAAAAUCUUUCGCCGGGAUUCUGACCUGACUUGUUUGCAGAAACUUUUGGAGUGUCUGAGGAAAACUCUGAGCAAAGUGGCCAAUUGCUUCAUUGCUGAAGAAUUCUUGACUCAAAUAGAAAAUUUAUUCCUUUCCAAUUACAAAAGCCAGCCAGAGAAUGGAGUGGCCGAAGAGAAGUGUGCUGUGGAGCCAAAGGCGCUGUUAACGUGACUAUUUUAAAGUAAGACGUCUUAACCGCGACACAGUAGACCGUACUUUCAGAGUUAUAGCCUUGAAAUUAUUGUAAUUUAGUUAAUAGUGGUACAGCUUUGAUUUUUUGUGUGUGUGUGCUAGUUCACGAAAUCCAAGUUUUGCCACAUAAACCAUGUGACAAGAAAGAGAUAUGGACUGGGACUUGUUUUCAUAUGUGGCGCUUAGUCCUCCUCGGCCUGGUCAGCAGGGUGUGGACUGAAGGGCAGCCUCCCUGCUGUCUUCAGAUUGAUAAGUGCACUGUGACUCAGAUUUUUAUUUCCCCCUGAACUAGUCAUUCCAGUUUUGCUAUCUCCUGUCUCGUGAGGAGCACUUCCAUUCUUUUCAUGUGUUUUGGUGAGGCUUGUUUAUGGUUGCAAAUGAGAUACGGGUGGGUGGUCACAGCAUAAUUAACAUGGUUCAGAAGUGCUGGUUUAAUGAAUCUAAGGACAUGCUGUGGGAGGACAGGGGAGGCAUCAGGAGAAAAAUCUUCAAGACAGGAGAUCUAAAGGAGAGAAUCAAAUUACCAGUUUUUUAAUUACAGAUAUUUGCUUCCAUUUUAUUGUAUAACAACACUACUAUAGGAUAUGCCAUUUUCUCAGCUGAAACAUUUUGUAUGGAUUUCAGAUACAUAACAUAAUAAGCUUCAACUAUAGGUCCACUUAUGUUCAUUUGUGUGAUAAAGGCUCGGUUAACUAGAACACAGGUAAUCAUAACUCUUAAACUAGACUUUUUUUUUUUUUCCCUACUACCUGCUAUGAGGAAAAAGAGGCAGAUUACAAUAAAGCUUAAAUAAAUCAGACUUAAUUUUAAAAACAAAAAAUCCUUCCAGGACAUAUUAUGUAUUCUGCCCCGUUUCAUAUACUUGCUGAAUCCAGAACAGGGAUCAGUGGACUUUUUAUGUAAAGGGGCAAUUAGUCAGUAACUUAGGCUUUGCAGGCUACACACCAUCUCUAUCAGACAUUCUUCUUUAUGUUUUUUAACAGCGCUUUAAAAACAUAAAACCAUUCUUAGCUCAUGAGCCUCACAGAAAACAGGUUGCUGGCCAUUAUCUUCCAAACCCUGCUCCAGAGAAUUGCAAACAUUUAGAAUUUAUUUUCAAAUGCAUGAGCCUGAGACAUUGAAAGGUCUUGCAUCAUCUUCAAACAACAAUAAAACUAAAAAUUGUGAUUUACAUUUAAAUUUGUUUUCAAAUGAAAGUUAGUAGUGAUGCUGCCUGAUUUAUUCUGAUAGAUUUUAGUUUAAUUCUGUUAACUAAAGAAUUGACUUAUGUCCUUUUCCCAAGCAUUCUUAUUAAUAUCAGUUUUAUUACUUCUAAUCUGCAUAUGAUUCUGUAUUUUUACCUUUUUUGGUUUAAUGAACAUCCAAGGAAAAUCAGUCAGUAUUGGAAGGAGCAGUGAGCCAGUUUUAGAUGACCUGGGUCUUGACUCAACCUUGUGAUUUGAGGGAUAUAGUUUACCUUCUCUGGGCCUAAAUUCAUGUGUAACCGAGGUCUAAAUUAUCUACCCUGCAUCCUUUCAGGUCUAAAAUCUUAUGAUUCACUCUGAUUGUUGGACUUACCCACCUGCAGCUUGUAUUUUGAGAUGUUACAGUUCCCAAAUUAAUGAAUGUUUUUAAAGAAAAAUGGUAGUAUUUUCCAUUUUUCUAUAUGUAUUUAGGAUAAACGGUGAAACAUAACUUACAAAGCAGUUACUUUUGGGACUGGGCUUAUUAGAGCUAUAGACCAAGAAUCAGGAAACCUGAGUUCUUACCCUAAUUCUUUUACCAGCUUUGUUGUGUGGCAGUGGUAAGAUCACAUAAACUUCUGGACCUCAGAAUCUUCACCUAUAAUUCAAGGGCAGAAAGUCUGUGAUUCUGUAAAAGGGUAGUGAUUUGUUCCUUUCUACCCCUCCUUUUGACAUAACUUUCUUCGUUGUAUCAGGAACAGAUCCUAGAAAGUGGUAUUAGUUAGCUUUCUUGAUUGACAUU